AUGAGUCCCGCCGUGGGCCUAUUGAUUUACCUAAUGCUGCUUGUUCACAAGGCUGAACCGAAAAAAGGAGUGAAAUGCGGAGGAAUCCUGUCUGCUUCCUCCGGGAAUAUCUCCAGCCCAAACUUCCCGGGACAUUACCCCUACAACAUCGACUGCUCCUGGCUGAUCGUGGUGGCAGAAGGAUCUUCUGUGCUGCUCACCUUCCAUCACUUCGAGCUGGAGCACCACUCCACCUGCGGCUACGACUACGUGAAGAUCUACAACGGCGUGCCUGAAGACGAGGGGAACCUCCUGGGCACCUACUGCGGCGACCUCUCUCCCCCUCAGUUCACCUCGUCCUGGAACGUCAUGUCCAUCAUCUUCCACUCGGACCGGCACGUGGCUCACAGGGGAUUCAGCGUUGGCUACAGGAAAGGUUGCAGUUUCAGUCUGCAGUCGAGCUGAUCCAAUACAAAUCCAGAUCAA